CCACGCCACACCGUCACCGCACCAACCCGAGAAAGAACAACAGUGGAGGACACCGGCAGCAUCAGCAACACGCUCGCUCUCCACCCCGACAAACCCAGGCAAAGCAAACCCAAACCCAAAGCCAAGCACAAGCGCAAGCUAAUCUCGCUCCAGGUACCACGAUUCCUCGAUUAUCUCCCUUCUUCUCCAAGCUUCUACUCCCCUCCCUGUCUCGCGCUCUCGACCCCGCACCAACCAGCCCAAGCUCGGGCCCCUCCGUGGUGGUUACUACCGCUAGUGCCGGUCGGUGGUGGGAUGCCCGCCGCUGCGACGGUGGCCGCCGCCCGCUACCGUUUCCUCCCGCCGCCGACUUUCCUCUCGCCAGUCGCAACCUGGUGGUGCCGCCGCUGACAUCGUCUGCCUCCGCCCCCGCACCACGAUGGACCCCACCUCACGCCCCGCCGUCGUCAUCGACAACGGCACCGGCUACACCAAGAUGGGAUUCGCCGGGAACGUGGAGCCCUGCUUCAUCACCCCCACCGCCGUCGCCGUCAACGAGUCCUUCUCCGACCAGACGAGGGCCACCGCCAAAGGGAACUGGCUGGCGCAGCACAGCGCGGGCGUCAUGGCCGAUCUCGACUUCUUAAUAGGGGAGGAGGCUUUAGCCCGGUCCCGUUCCAGCAGCACAUACAGCUUGAGCUACCCCAUUCGCAACGGCCAGGUUGACAACUGGGACACCAUGGAGAAGUUCUGGCAGCAAUGCAUUUUCAACUACCUCAGGUGUGACCCAGAAGAUCACUAUUUCCUGCUGACCGAGAGCCCACUGACUCCUCCAGAAACCCGGGAGUACACUGGGGAGAUCAUGUUUGAGACGUUCAAUGUGCCUGGUCUCUACAUAGCGGUUCAACCCGUCCUUGCCCUAGCCGCAGGAUACACAACAACCAAGUGUGAAAUGACAGGUGUUGUGGUUGAUGUGGGUGACGGAGCUACCCACAUUGUUCCUGUUGCUGAUGGGUAUGUCAUUGGGAACAGUAUCAGUUCUAUCCCACUUACAGGCAAGGAUGUUACCCAGUUUAUUCAGCAACUUAUGAAGGAAAGAGGUGAACACAUUCCACCCGAAGAAUCUUUUGAUGUAGCAAGGAGGGCGAAGGAAAUGUACUGCUAUACAUGUUCGGACAUUGUGAAGGAAUUUAAUAAGCAUGACAGGGAGCCCUCAAAGUACAUAAAACGCUUGACUGGCAUCAAACCAAAAACGGGUGCUCCGUACACCUGUGACAUUGGAUACGAGCGCUUCCUGGGCCCUGAGAUAUUCUUCCACCCCGAGAUUUACAACAAUGACUUCACCACUCCUUUGCAAGAUGUUAUAGACAAGUGCAUCCAAUCAUCCCCAAUUGACACAAGAAGGGCUCUUUAUAAGAAUAUUGUCUUGUCUGGGGGUUCAACUAUGUUCAAGGAUUUCCACAGAAGAUUACAGCGGGACCUGAAAAAGAUUGUGGAUGUACGGGUCCGUGCAUCUAAUACUCGACUUGGUGGAGAUGCGAAGGCUCAACCCGUGGAAGUAAACGUGGUUAGCCAUCCAAUUCAAAGAUAUGCGGUUUGGUUUGGCGGAUCGGUGCUUGCUUCUACAGCAGAAUUCUACGAGGCGUGCCACACAAAAGCAGAGUAUGAAGAGUACGGUGCAAGCAUCUGCCGAUCAAAUCCUGUUUUCAAAGGGAUGUAUUGAAAUUUUCGUAUGAAGACUAGGAGGCAUCACAGAUAGCAUCUCCAUGCAAUCAGCCUGAGCCUAGCUAGCAGUAGCAGGCUGGCAGCAUGGUAAAUGGUAAAACUGACACCGGAGGCAAGCUCUCUGUAGCGUUUGUUUGUACACAACCAGCGUGCACAUAGAGAUAAACAAAAAACAUUUCGUUAAUUCAUCUUCUGUAUACUACAUAUGUAGAAUGGGGCCGGUUAGUGCAGCAAACAGGAGAACUUGUGACCGGAUGGCGCUGGCGGCACCUGAGCGGCACAUGCUUAGCUGUUGUAUAUCUGUAGUACCACUCAGUGUGGCCGUAAACGGAACAGUUUUUUUGUGGGUGAGCUGGUAUGGCUCCUCGUAUUUUCCCGUGAAGUCGUUGCCACCGAUUUUCUGGAUAGUGGAAGAUUUAAGUUGACAUCGUGAUCA